CCCCGAAAUAGACCGAUAAAGCUAAGGAAAGCCAAGCCAAGAGGCGCCGCCGCCGAGAGGGAAAAGGAAAAGUAUCAAGAAAAAUGUGUAUUCAAUGUGUGGCAACAGUUUUCGAUAUAACAACGCUCGCAAAGUGGCGAAACGCCUAGUGAAAGUAUACACAUGAUGAUCUCUGCCCGCACCCGGCCUCCACCCAGCCUCCGCCCAUCCACCCGCCCACUGGAGCACUCUGAGUGCGUGCACUUUCGCAUAAACUGAGAAUAUUAAUGUGGCGUAUCUGGCAGCGUAAACAAACAAAGCCCCAAUUGAGCGAUUUCCCCUUCUCCGUCAAGAGCCCCUGAUACCGCGAUGGACUGGGACAAGCCACCACCGACUCCAGCCCAGCAGCCGCCGCCGAAGCCCCGCAGGACCCGUGUCCGGCAGAAUGUCCUGCACUACGAGAGCCUGCCCACAGCCCCGCCGGCCAUGUGCGGCCGCACCGAGGAGAACAUCUUUCAGUUCCCGGCUGUGGCCUCUAGAGCACGCAAUCUCUCCGCCUCGCCCAAGUUCGAGCGAAGGGAGGUCAAGGACCUGCCCGUGUGUGAGCGGGGCAAGCACGCCUGCUCCAAGUGCCUGCCUUACCGCGCGGACAGGGGCACCAUUGAGCCGCUGAAGACGCGUUUAAAUUCUGCCAUCGAGGCCAUGGACGAACUGACCAGAACAUAUGCUCUACUAGAGGGAUUCCUGGAGCAGCGACUGGCCACCAUAGCGGACAACGAGGCGGGCGAACGGGCGGCGGAGCAGGAAGCCAAGAUGGGGGUGGAGGAGGAGCUGCCCUCCACUAGUCAAGCUGCCAGGCAGCGUCCACCUGCGAAGCCGGCCAGGCUGAAUACGACCCACAACGACAACGAGUUCGAGCUGGAGCACUCGCUCACCUGGCUGGAGUCGCUGAUGGGCACAGAGGUGGUGCCACCCUUCAAGCAGGGAAAGUUUAAAAGAAUCAGAGAGCGCAGCAAGUCCAUGAUGGACGACGAUCUAAAUCUUUACAUGAAGGCAGAGCGCUCGGGCUCCAAGCUAAGCACCUCCUCGUCGCGUCCCUACUUGCUGAGACGCCAGAGCACGUACAGUGACAACAAGGCCAAGGUCUCCAAAUGGACCAAGGUCAAGGCCGCCUUCAAGUGGGAGCGGGCCAAUGUUCCGCCCUCCGGUCCAGGGGCGCCGGAAAACAGUGUCCUGAUGCCGCUCAACCAUGAGGUGGAGAGGUACCUCAAAGUUCCCAUUAGCGUGGCAGCCGGCAGCAGCUCGGCGGACAGCAUUAUUAGCUCCUCCUCCGGGCAUAUUAUGAGCGAUACUGGCGGGACACCGGGCACCAUCAGCUCGGCCAGUUCUUUGGACGAUCUCGAGGCGGGCUGCAGGCAGAAUUUUCGUCGCGAUUCCUCCAAGAGCGAUACCCGAUGCGAUUCGCGCACCUCAAACUUCGAGGUGGAACUGCGCAAGUCCGCCACUGAUGAACGCCUGGACAGCAUCAGAUCUUCUGCACCCCCUUUGGCGGCCAAGUCCUCGUCCAGCAAGUCGCUGCGCCGCUCCAGGGCCUUCUCCGACUUCGAGGUGCUGCCAGAGGAUCAUGUGGCGGAGAUUAAGGCUACCAGCAGCCGGCGCCAGAAACUGCCGCCCAGUCCGCUCAAUCUCAGCCAGGUCAACCAGAUAUAUAGUUCGGAUCUGCCGCAGCUGCACUCGCCGCUCAAGAGUCCCAAGGAUUCGCGCAUGCGUCGUGUCCACUCGCCGGGAACAUCCUCCGUGCCCAGCAGCCCAUCCAGGCACUCGGAUUUCUUUGGAGAAUUUGAGAGCGAGGACCUGUCCAGUGGCGAUUUCUCGGAGCCAACCACGCCAAAUCGUAAGAAUUUCCCUCAGAACGCAGAUGACGAGGUAUUUCAACAUUAUCAACUUCUCGUACUCAAACUAGAUUCGGAGUUUAAGAACAAGCAGCGUGAGUUCGAGCGUUCCAGCGCCAGCAACCGCAGCGUCAAAUUGGGAAGCGGAGCCAACUCAGGAGGAGGAGCAAUGGGGCCCAGUGCCGGCGGCAGUGGAAAGCGCAGCAGCGAGGAGCACUCGCCCACUCAGCUGCUUCAGCACAGCGAGCUCAUGUCCACCGACCAGCUGGAGCAGAAUCUCACGCCGCAGUUCAAGAAGAAGCUGCACAAGUGGCGGGCCAAGCAGCAGAACUGCUCGGGCGGAGCUUAUUCAUCGGACCCACCGGCGGCCAGUCCCACGGCCAAGAGCCAGAGCAGCGGUGAGGUGAAGCCCAAGAUUGACUGGAACCUGUGGAGCAUGGGCCAGGUGAAGCUCGAGGGCCAGGGACUGUGUGCCUUGCCCGAUCAGAAGGACCUGCCCGAGAAGUUCCAGAAGAAGUUGGAGCAAUGGAACCGCUUAAAGUGUGCUCCUGUCGGGGGCACCACCUCCGAUAAUGACUCCCUGAAGCGAGGCUCCAAGCACGGUCAGUCCACGAGAAGAGGAUCCGACGAUGAUCGCUGGUACAAGCACAGGCCGCACGACAAGGAAAAAUUGUCCCGCCUCAAGGCCAUCGUGGCGCCCGAUCACACCUCCAAAAAGAUCGAGGUGAAGACCUCCGAUGGCGAGGUAAUGAAGUUCGAGGGCAUCUCCAGGAAGUUCACCCGCAAGCUGUACGAAUGGGAGAAGGCCCGGGGCAUAGGCCCGGAGGCAUCCACCUUUGCCCUGCUGCAUCCGGGCUACUGUCCCAUCGAUGUGCGAAGGAUCAACAAGGAGUGUCAUAAAGCUGCCGCGGAGCACUCGCCCACCCUCAGCCGCUCGCUCUCCCUGGACAGCGUGUCGCCGAACUGCCAGCCCCUGCCUGCUAUCUCCCAGCAGGCCUCGUCCCUGUCCCUCAACGACGUCAACGAUCUCAAGGAGAUCGAGGACAGUGCCGACGCCCUUACCGAUCACGAGUUCAAGAAGUACGAUGAGCCGGAGGCAGUCAUGGUCGAGGUGGAGGAGCACAUUCACGACACCGCCUCGCCCCUGGUUACCGCUCACACCCUGGUGGAGCAGCAGACGCCCAUCUACAAGUACGAGGAGGUGCAGUGCAACGACUAUGUCAACUCUCGCCGCGUGCAGAGCUUCGAGUCGCACACAAAUCUGGCCCCAUUGUUAGGAGCUCUGAAACGUGCCGACGAUCUAUUUGGCCAACUGAGGAAUGCCUCGCCCGACCUGCCGGAACAGCCAUCCAUGCGGGACUGCGAGGCCGCAUUGCUGAGCAUUCGCAGCAUAUAUCCGUACUACUCAAAUAACCUGAUGAAGGCGGGCGUGCUCAACGCCAUAUCGGAUGUCCAGAGCGAGCUGGGAAGGCUCUCGGAACUGAGCCAGAAAUCUCCCCUGGACGAAGCUUGUUGCCAGGAAACCAUGCAGGAGAGAACCCUAGAGUACCUGGAGGAGCUUCAAGGGCUGCACGAGUCUCUGCAGUGCCUCAAGCUGAGCAUACAGGGCGGAACGAAUCGCUAUCCCCGAGACAUUGUGCCCGACAUCAACAUCACCAGCGAGGAUGGCCAGCAGUUGGACUCCAGCUCGGCUUAUGCCACCUGCGACAACUCCAGCCGUGAUCGCCUAGCCCAGGAGGAUAAUAGCGCCAGUGCGGCCUCCCCCAUGGAGCACGAGACGGAGACUAGCACCACCACUGGCACCCUCUGUCGCUCCAGUGCACCGACUAUUAAUCCCGGUUCCCUGGCCAACGGAGGAGCAGGCACGAGUGCAUGUGCCAAGAAGAAGCUGCUGCGUCUGCGCAAGAUGGGUUCCCGGCAGAACAGCAAGACGGAGAGUGACAGCAGCGAUGCGGACACCCACUCGGUUCUGGAGACGCCGCGUCGGCUGCGUCGGAAGAACUUCCGGUUGAAGCAGCGCUCCUUGGACGAUGAUUUCCGGCUUGGAUCUACAGCGCCGGCCAAUGAGCCAGAGGAAAUCGUCUACGGUUCGCUAAAGGUCAGACCGGGACAACUUAUCGAGCAGAGUCAAUGCGUGGCACCGGCUCCAAUUUCCGCCUCCACUACUUCCUCGACACCAUCUACGGUUGCCACUCCGCCUCCCACAAAGGUUGGUGCCUUUGUUCCUCCUCCGUUGCCGGAGUCCAACAACCGAACCUACAACACCAAUGCCAAUGUCUUUGUGAAGACCAAACGUAAGCUGUUCACCACCAUCCCAGAGCCCAGUGCCUUCGAGGGCAUAGCCGUGAUCGAGAAGGAGCUGGACAGUCCUCUGGAGGAGCAGCAAUCAGAAAAGUUGGAGAAAUACGAGAAAUUUCCGAAACUGGAGAGAUCCAAGUGCCAGCCAAGACCUCUUAGCCUGUACAAAUCCAUCAGCUUGGAGCGCAUCUCUUCCUCGCAGCAGCCGUCCAAGGACGAGCUGAGGAAGAGCCAGAGCAGCGAGAACUUGCGUCGGGGAUCUCUCUUGGUGCGUCCACCUCUGGCCAGCGACAGCAUGCAGAGACUGGCCGAGUCCAAGAAAUUGGAGAAGCAGCAGGACCCGAUGGCCAAUCCCCCGGUGCCGGUGCCCAGGAAGGCGCAUCUUUACAAGAAGAACUCGCUGCACAAGUCACACAGUGCCACCGUUGCUAACAAGAUUGAGCACAAGAUAGCCAAGACUGGCUCCGGAUCGACGUUCUCGAGGGCGCCCCCUCCGCCACCGGUGUCCUUGCCAUUGGUCUUGCCCAAUAAGGAGGACAACACCUUGCCCCGCAUCCAGAGGAAGCACCCGAACACGCCCACCAAGGCCAAGCAGUUUGAAUUCCCCCCGACGCAGAUCCUGGCGCCGGAGCGCCCAGCCACGCCACUGUCGGAGCGAGCUAUCCGCCUCCAGUUGGCGAAGGCGCAGUUCCUGCAAAGUGCACCGGUCACGCCCCGACAGGAACCCGAGACACCGCCGCCCAAGGGCAGCGACUCUAUGGUGCUCCAGAAGAGUAUCAGUGCGGGCAGCGUGCGGGCUACCGUCCAAGAGCCACCUAAGCAGCCGCCAGCCUAUCAGGACGUGUCCACGGAUCAGGAGAGCGUGGGCACCUCUAGUGCUUACGAUAGCUUGCCCAGAGCCGUCAGCCGGAGUGCCAAGAUCUCUAGUAAAUUGGGCUUCGCCACGCUCACUUCGAAGCUGAGAAGGGGUCACAAGAAGCCCAAGGAGACGCCCGCCACUUCCGGACCGGGAAGUGCCCUUUCCGCACUCUGCCGGCAAACCCUCAUGGCCGAUGCCAUACCGCAGGCCUUCGGCAUCACCGCCGGCGCCUCGGCAGAGAAGCCGCCACCGAGUCCCACGGGUCGGAAUGUCCUUAAGUCGCACAGCACUCCGCAGGCGGCGGGUCCACCGUCCUCCAUUAACUUCGAUGGCCUGAACAAGUCCCUGAGCGAGCAGUACGUGCGCCAGCUGAAGGAGAGCGACGUCUAGUCAGCGCAUCCCAAGUCCCAAGUCCAGAAUCUAGUCAUAGAGUGAUAUCUGUAAAUUGUCCGAGUGCAUUUUAAGAUCAGGAAAGAGUCCUGUUAGCAGGACUGCAAAAAAUAUAUACAAAAUAUAAUAUUAAGGCUAAGAAUUCAAAAACAAGUGGCAGCCGGGCUCCGUCGAAGGAACGAUACUCAAGUGGUAGCUUUUGCUAUGUAAAUGCAACAGAUCCAAAGAUAUAUCUUUAUUUCCUAACACAUUUUUUUCAGGUGGAACUACUAAAACGUCAUUUUAAAAUGUAUAAAUUGGAAUUUUUUUAAAGCCGAGCUAGGAACUAAUAAAUAAAAUUAAAACUGGAUUUUUAAUGUAAAAACGAAAAUAAAUUAUGAAACUA